AUGCCACCGGCGCCGCGCGGCACCGACGACGGGUACAGCUUCCGGCCCCAUUCGAGCUCGAGCGUUGGCCAGGGCGAUGCCGAGCUGAAGCCCGGCACGGUCUCGUCCGAACGCAGCUUUAGUCCGUUGUCGUACACCGUGACGACUAUUGUGACCGCUUUACUUCAAAGUGAAAGGAUCAAGCCACUUUCGCCCUACUUUAACAUCGACGCCGACCUGCUGGACGACAACCCAGCCCUUCCCACGAUAAUCCCACGCCAAAGGGGUCGCUUGGAGCGUGCCUUCCCCCUGAUUGGUGCCUCCUUCCUGGUGGGGUUCGUGACGGGGGGACUGACUGGAAUCAUUGAAGGAAUCGGUUCCACGAGAUUUAUGGACGGAACGAUACGACGGUCGCAGUGA